CAACUUCUCUUGCACCUUCUAUUCAUCAUUUUACCUCCCAUGGCAGAGAACCAAUCAGAAAAUCCCUUCUUCUUCACUCCCCCACAUCAGACCAGACCCAAAACCAACCCACCACCGUUCACCCAUCACAACAGCUUCCCCAUAACCAGCCCUUCUCUGAUCCACAACUCCGGAGCUUAUAAUUCGCAUCAUCAUCAUCAUCAGCAGCAGCAGCAACAACAUGAGAACGGCUUGUCACUCUCUCUUUCCUUCGCCCAGCAGCAACAUCAGCAGCCAGUCCCUCUUGGUCCCUUCACUGGCUACGCCUCAGUCCUCAACAGCUCCAGGUUUCUCCGGCCCGCCCAGCUUAUCCUCGACGAGCUGUUCGGUGUUAAUUUCGACCUUCCAACUGCCCACUUCCAUGGCCAUGCAAGCCAGAGUGGCCCUGCCGACGAGGCCAUCCUGACACCUGCAGAGUUUGCUGGUUUAGGAGAUCGAAUGAUGAUGGAGUUUCGCUGGAAGGAUUCAAGACUCAUGCUUAUGCUCGAUGAGGUUUACAGAAGAUACAAGCUGUACUGCCAGCAAAUGCAAACAGCUGUGGCCUCAUUUGAAGCAGUUCCAGGGCUUGGCAAUGCAGCACCAUUCAUCUACUAUGCCAUCAGAUUGGUAUCCAGCCAUUUCACUUCCCUGAAAAAUGCACUUCUCCACCAAAUGCGCUUCCUUUCUAGAUCAUCAUCAUCAGGCUGCAGAAGUUACUCCUCUGAUCAACAUGAACAUCAGCACCAAGAAGCCCUCCAAUACCAGAAUCAUAAUAAUAAACCUUCCACAACAUUCAACCUCAAUUUCUUCCUUCAAUCUCCUCCUCACCCUCCAUUACCAUCUCCGCCUCCUCCGCCACCGCCGGUCUGGCGAUCUCAGAGAGGUCUCCCUGAUCAUGCUGUUGCUCUGCUCAAGUCUUGGCUCUUUGAACACUUCCUCCACCCGUAUCCUACCGAUUCAGAGAAGCAGAUCCUGGCUCAACAGACUGGUCUAUCGAGGACCCAGGUUUCCAACUGGUUCAUUAAUGCGAGAGUGAGAGUAUGGAAGCCAAUGGUGGAAGAGAUUCAGUUGCUUGAUUCGGUCCACAAAGCUGCUGCUUCCUCCUCCUCUCUAUCCGUACAACCACCUUCUGCAGCCGGCACGUCGUCUUCAGCAGCGGUGGCGAAUGUCGGAAGCAAACGGUCGAGAAACAACCAGAGGCAGAGGCAGGUGGAUAUGGAAGAUGCUGGGUUGGUUGACUGCUCUUCAAGCGACAGCGUCUCAUUGGCUCUGGGUCUGCCUCGUACAGCAAAUUCCCCAGUCAAUCAUCCAUCUCCGUGGCCUUUCAACGUCAGCACGGCGGCGAAUCCUAGCGUCGAGCAUCAUGGAUUCACCGGCGGCAGCAGCAACAACCGGUGGUAUAGCCAGUGAACGAAGAUUGAGAAUUCUGUGCUUCCGAAGAACUGAAAAGCCCCAAAUUCUCGCGCUGAUUUGUAGAUGAACUGUUAUUUGUGUUAAUCGUGUAAGAUAAAAAGGUUCGAGAACCAUAGGUGUAAUUUUACACCGGGCUUGGCCUUGGCUACGAUACGGGCCAGAAAUCAAAGCACCGGGCCUGGUUCUGUACUGGACUUCCGCGCAUAGGCCAUUCAGCUAAUUAUCUGGCCCAGUAGAACGUUAAAAAGCGGAAAAGCCCUUUACUCGUGUGAUAAAUUGGCCCAAAGUAUACGAACUAUACAAAGCAUGUUUCACGGCCGCCGAAGUUCUACACAGAGGAAUCCACGUGGCAGCUCUAGACUGGUACUAAGUUAAAGAGUUACACAGCUGUCAAAUUGUAGCGGAGCCCGCACGCUUUACUAGCAUCGGGAAAUAGAAUAUUCAAGCACGG